AUGAAGGGAGUUGAUACUGGUAAUAGGUGGGUGUUGAUAUUGGUAAAAUUGAAAAGGGUGGUGAAAUUAGAAACUAAGGGUGUUAAAGUUGGAAAUGAGGGUUAUGAGGUUGAUGGUGAAGCUAGGAUGAAGUGUUUAGGGGUGAUGGAUGAUGUGGAAGUUGAUGAAGCUGGACUAGAGGAUAAUGAAGUGGAUGAUAUCUAA